AUGGCCCUGGCUGAGCGGCCACGGCCUGGGUGGGCCUCCUAUCAAAACCCCAACACCAACAACUGCCAGGACAUGGGAAACUCCAUUCUGUUGCUAUUGGGUCUCGUCAUUUGUAUUAACAUUGGCAUCAAUUUGGUGACCCUGCUCUGGAGCCGACUCCGCAUCAUCUUACACCGAAUGUUCCGUAUCAUUUAUGAGAAAGAAACCGCCAGGCUUUCUUCAGCUGAGAAGCAGACCUGCCCAGAAGUCCGUCUUCGAUGUACCAUGGACCCUGUGAAAAUGACCGUGACUCCCCCACUCGCUCGCCGGCAUCGCCGCAGAGCCUCUCCGUCUCGGCGUGCCCACCGCCCAGUAGCCUGGGCCCCAGACACUGACGAUGAGAAAGCACCGUCACACCAGCGCCCAGCCAUCUGCUCCCGCCACUGCGCUGGCCACAAGGACUGGGAAGACUUCCAAUCUCUACAGGAGGUCUGGGAGCCCUGGACUCAAGACUGUCUGGAGCAAUCUCCCCAGACCAUCCACUUCCAGCCAACGGUAGAGGGAAGGCCUCUCAAAACCGAGAUUCGGUCCGAGCAGGACCUGGAGGCCUACGUGUACACUGUGAACCCCCCGCCCCGCAGUCCGGAGGCUCUCUGCCAUAAAAAUGAUGGGGUGGGGCCGGGGGCAGGUGCCGAGGGUGAGCAAGGGCAGUGCCAGCCCCCCUCGCCGCCCUAUCUGGGUCCGGCCAAUGUCCCUGAGAUAAGCCGGCGCCGGUCCUCGGGCCGAAUAGUAUAUGAUGCCCGAGAGGUAAGGCGCCGGCUACGAGAGCUGACGCGGGAGGUGGAGGCUUUGUCUCACUGUUAUCCCUUGGUCUCCGGAUCUAGCGCCGCGGAGGGGACAAGCAGAGAUUGGGUGUAUCGUCCCCUGAAGGGAAGGUGACUGGGGACAAAAGAAUAAAUUAAAAGGAGAGAGGAAGAGGGCUGUGGUGGUAU